UAUAUGGUGUGCCGAAACAGUCACUUAUCUCGUUCAUAGCUCCCGGGGCUCUAAUAAUGGUCGCCUAUUUCGCCACAACUGUUAUGACAUGUCAUCUGUUGAUUAAAGAGAGAAGCGAUGGUUUAGUAGAGAGAAGUCUUGUGGCGGGAGUCACACCAUUUGAGUUCAUAUUAUCGCACAUUAUAUUACAGACCCUAUUGUUGGCCAUUCAGGUCGGCCUCAAACUGAUGGUCGCGUUCCUUGUCUUCGCGAUACCCAACAGCGGAUCCAUUGUUUCGGCGGUUACUCUGACUUUUCUUCAGGGACUCUGCGGUCUAAUGUUUGGUCUAAUGAUAUCUGCCGUCUGUCACGACGAGAUAUACGCAAACACUUUAGGAAUCGGUGCCUUCUUUCCCAGUGUUAUGAUUGGAGGAAUAUUCUGGCCGUUGGAAAGUAUGCCGACUGCCCUCCGAUACAUCAGUCAAACGCUUCCCUCAACGCUAGCCAUCGAGACUUUGCGCUGUAUUUUGUUGAGGGGUUGGGGUCUCGACAGGAGUCAAGUGUUGAUCGUUUUA